CGGGGGUGUUUGGCAACAAAACAGUAAAAAACUUUACCGAUUUGUUCGCUGAAGUUUGCCUACCUCCGUGGGCGGGUUGGGGGUGGGGAGGUGGUCCGCUGAUGACCUCACGGUAGAAUGUGGCAGAGCGUCGGCUCUACGAUUCUGAUUGGCCACCCGUGUCCCAGCGGCACUUCAAAGCCGGAGAGGAGCUACAAUUGUGGUGGAAUGGGCGGAACAGAUCAUUGUAUUGCACACCUCUAAAAAAACACUGCUCUGAUUUAUAAAUAUAAAAAGAUCCUCUGAGGAGGGCACUUUUUGUGAUGGCAACUUCACUUCUAGGGGAAGAGCCGAGGUUAGGAUCGACUCCAUUAGCCAUGCUAGCUGCUACCUGUAAUAAAAUCGGCAGUCCAAGCCCUUCGCCAUCCUCUAUUUCGGAUAGCUCCUCGACCUUUGGAAAAGGCUUUCAUCCCUGGAAGAGAUCCACCGCAAGCAGUUGCAACUUGGGCUCCGCUCUGUCUACGUUUGGCGUUUCUGGCGCGUCUCGCAAUGGAGCGGGGCUCACUGAUUCUUUCAGUGCUAAUAGCUCAUCUGGAUCCAGUGCCUUUUCCUUGACUUCUAGCAGCACUACCAACACUCCCUUUGGGAAUGAGUACUCUGUUUUUCAGGCGACCGUUUCCAAUAAUUCACAAGACGCCGGCCACCAACCUGUUUUUAUUUCCAAGGUACACACUUCAGUGGAUGGCCUGCAAGGUAUAUAUCCGCGGAUGAGCGUGGCGCAUCCGUAUGAGUCCUGGUUUAAAUCUUCUCACCCAGGUAUACCAACCGGAGAUGUGAGUACCACUGGCGCUUCCACUUGGUGGGACGUCGGUGCGGGCUGGAUUGACGUGCAGAAUCCAAAUGGAGCGGCGCUGCAGACAUCCUUGCACUCCGGCGGGCUCCAGACAUCUCUGCACUCUCCUCUGGGAGGUUACAAUUCUGAUUACUCAGGCUUGAGCCACUCUGCUUUCAGCACCAGCGCUUCUCCUCAUCUCCUUACUACGGGGCAGCAUCUGAUGGACGGAUUUAAGCCCGUUUUACCAGCCUCAUACCCAGACUCGAGCCCGUCACCUCUAGCAGGCGCUGGGGGCACUAUGCUAGGAGGAGGUCACACAGCCACCUUGGCUGGGUCUCCACGUUCUUCAGCUCGCAGAUAUUCGGGAAGAGCCACCUGCGAUUGUCCAAACUGCCAAGAGGCUGAAAGACUGGGGCCAGCCGGGGCCAGCCUGCGCCGGAAGGGGCUGCACAGCUGUCACAUCCCUGGUUGUGGAAAAGUGUACGGAAAAACAUCCCACCUCAAAGCCCAUUUAAGAUGGCACACGGGGGAGAGACCUUUCGUCUGCAAUUGGCUUUUUUGCGGCAAACGCUUCACGAGGUCCGACGAGCUGCAGCGGCACUUGCGCACACACACCGGCGAGAAAAGAUUUGCCUGUCCAGUGUGUAAUAAGCGCUUCAUGAGAAGCGACCACUUGAGCAAACACGUUAAAACCCAUAGCGCCGGAGGAGGUUCGGCGGGCUCAAGCUCCGGGGGAAGUGGGGGCAAAAAGGGGAGCGAUACAGAUAGCGAGCGCAGCACCCCAGGCAGCCCACAUUGCCACUCCCCAGACCUUAUACAGCCCCCGGAGGGAACGGUGAUGAAUGGCCACAGCAGCUCAAUCGAGUGAAACCCUGAACAGUCGUAAAUACGAGACGCACCACCCAAAUUAUUCCUGUAUAAAUUGUAAAUGUUAUAUCCACGGACUGUCUGUUGUGGAUUGUCACAGAGAAGCGAAGAGAAACUUUUACCAAGUCCCUCAAACUGUCAAAACUGAGCUCUAUAAAGUGUGUAGGCCAAAGGAGCUUUAGCGAAAUAAGUAAUUGUAGGUAAGGAUACCGUUCAUAAUGUAGGCUCCGAAAGCCUUUCUGGUCUUGGAAGAUAUUUUAUUAUUGUGGUGUAAUACGUUUUAUUGGACCAACGUCAAUCUGUUAUCCUGUUCAGCACACAUUUGAUCAAUAAACUUCAAUGGCUUUAAAAGCUCAGCAAGAAA